UCUUCAGAUAAGAUUUGGUAAACACCGUAGUUGGUUGAAGGAAGUGGCAAGAAGAAAGAAAAGAGACAAAGAGGAUUUUUGGAAGUAAGAUUUCCACAGAAAUAAUGUGCGUUGAGUACGAUUUCAAUGAAGCGCACGAUGCAACAACAUAACGUAUUCAUGCUGCCAUCGUCGGCAAAGAGAAAAAUCAAGUACGUCCUUUUAGCAUUGGUUCUUUUGUUCGCUGCGAAGCUGUUCGGUCUGACGACUCUCUUCUUUGAGAAGGACUUCCACAAGAACUUCCGGUAUCCGUACGAUGGGCCCCUCGAGGAGUUCAUCGAUCAGCUGAAGAACGAUGAAAAGCCGAUGGUGAAACCAAUCAAUUUUUAUCCCUAUCCCUACAUCUACAAUCAAACAAAGAAAUGUGUGGGAAACGACGAAGUGAGGCUCGUGUAUUUGGUGAAAUCCGCACCAGAGCACUUCAACAGGAGGAUAGCCAUCAGGGAGAGCUGGGGCUUUGAGAAGAGGUUCUCUGAUGUGGAGAUACGCAGAGUUUUCCUUCUGGGUUAUCAGAAUAAGAACAUUCAAAGCCUGUUGGAUGAAGAACAAAAAAAGUUUGGUGAUCUGCUGCAAGCAAAUUUUACAGAUUCAUAUUUCAAUAAUACCAUAAAAACCAUGAUCGGUUUAAAGUGGGCCUAUAACAAUUGCAAGAAGGCCAAAUACUUCAUGCUGACAGACGACGAUUAUUACGUUUCUACGAAAAACGUACUUAGGUAUUUGAGAAACCCAGCAAAUUACCCUGCCUAUUUGGAAUUGAAUAAAGUGAAGAGGCAGAUUGACAUGGAGCUUCCAGAUGAUGUAAAAUUGUAUACAGGGUUCGUGUUCAACUCGAAGCCCCACAGGCACGUUUUCAGCAAAUGGUUCGUGAAUCUCAACGAGUACCCGUACGAUAGAUGGCCCCCUUACGUCACGGCCGGAGCCGUUCUCUUCUCGCGGAGCGCCAUGAUAGACAUGUACUUGGCGAGUUUUUACACUCAUCACUUCCGAUUUGACGAUAUCUACUUGGGAUUGCUUGCGUUGAAAACGCACAUUGAGCCCUUCCAUUCCGACGAAUUUCAUUACUACAAGAAGUCGUACAGCAAAGAUGAUUACAGAUUUACUGUCGCGUCGCACGGAUUCUUACCUGGCGAGAUGCUGCAAGCUUGGAACGAACAGAAAUCUCUAGGAAAUGCUUAGCAUUAGAAGCAAUUUGUAAAUACUCAUGUAAAUAAAUGGAUUUAACUUUUA